UAUGCGAUACGGCUUACACGCUGCAGUGUUGCAUAGUGGUACUUUUUAGUAAAAGCAAAACUUGAUUAAUAUUUGUCAAGGAGUGUGUCGAUGCAUUAUGUAUAAACAUACAUGAUAGAACAAUCACAGGGAGAUGAUUUAGUCAGCUGUGAGAUGAGCAUAUGUUCAUUUUACAACCUAAGAGUUUAAGGUUCAGUUGAAAAGUUAAAUGCAUAAAGCUCGAUACACCGUUUCUAACGCAGUUUUGACGCGGAGUGAAAAGUGAUUUGGAUUGUUUUGCGCGCGACAUCAUUUCAAACUCCAGCGCAAGACUGGCUCAUACCCAUCCCAAAACUCCACACUCAUCACAAUGCCAACAUCUGCACCAAUCAGAUUACGCGUAUUCUCUCUCAACUGCUGGGGGAUCAGAUUCCUCAGUAAACACUGCGUAGAGCGUUUCAUUUUGAUCGGAAAUCUGCUGAAUAAAGAGGAGCUUGAUAUCGCAUUAUUGCAAGAGGUGUGGUGUGAGAAAGACUUUCUCUUUCUAAAGAAGAAGCUUGGCAGUGUUUAUCCCUAUUCACAUUAUUUUAAAAGUGGAUUUAUAGGGAGCGGUCUGGCCGUUUUCUCCAAACACAGAAUUCAUGAAGCUUUCCUGUACAGAUACUCAUUAAAUGGCUAUCCUUACAUGGCCCAACACGGAGACUGGUUCGGUGGCAAGGCCGUCGGCAAGAUCUUGAUCACUGUCUGUGGGCUGACAGUUCAUGUCUUUGUCACUCAUUUGCAUGCAGAGUACUGCCGAGACAGAGACUCGUAUCUGCCGCACAGAGUUGUGCAGGCAUGGGAGCUACAACAGUUCGUAAGGCAUACUUGUGCUGGAGCAGAUGUGGUGAUCCUGGGCGGAGAUUUAAACAUGCAGCCGGACGAUCUCGGUACCAGACUGUUGCGGAACUGCACGGGACUAAAGGAUUGUUUCAAUGAGGCUGCCAGCUUUGAUGGAUGCGAGGGGGGAAACACACACAUAACUGAGAAUCCUUUCACAAAUACUGAGGAACUCAUUCCAUAUGGUGGAGGAAUUCGGAUAGACUACAUCUUGUUUAAGGGAUCUGGGCAAGCAGAUGUGAGUUGUGAGUCUUUGUCCACUACCAAGGGUCCUGUUCCUGGGCAACCCUUCCCUUUCUCUGACCAUGAGGCUCUUACUGCCGAAUUCCUGCUUACUCCCACUAAAAAGGGCCAUGGAUGCUCAGAGAGAGAAUCUGGCUGUGCUGAAGAUAAGCUUCCCGAGCUGGUAAAUACAGUAAAUGAAGCUCGUACUGAAGUGAAGGUGGGUCUACACUGUGCUGAGCGCAUGCGCCACACUGCGGCUCGUACCGGCAUCAUGGGUCUUGUCUUGUUACUACUUGAGCUAGCAAUCGCUGCUGUGCCCAUAUUUGCCCUGGGAGCUGAACAGCCAUUCCCUAAAGCCUCCUUUUACCUGUUGGGGGCACUGUGCUUUGCUAUUCUACUCUGCACAUUGCUGCUGUACAUCUUCUACAGCAUGGAGGUGAAGGCAUUGCAAGGAGCUGAGGACCAGAUGAGGUUGUCAUUGGGUAGCCUUCAGGAAAGUCUUAAGGUGUCCCCCAAGGGUCUGUCCUCGGACCUUUUUCGAAAUCCACUAGAUGCUCAGGACCCUGCUACUUUGGAGCCAGAUAACUAAACACAAUGUUGUGACACUAUUUUAGGAUGUCUUAACUGAAAGCCACUCCAGUUUUAUUACCUAUGCAAUUUUCAUGUCCUGUUUAAGGGCUUUUGGUUUGACCAGACAAAACUACUGUUCAAAUGUUUGGAAUCACUAUGAAUUUCUAUUCACCAAAAAUGCUAAAAAAUUGAUUAUAAAUAUCUUUACUGUAAUUUUUUAUGUAACAAAUAACUAUUUAACAAACGCUGUAUUUUUAGAAAACUGUCUGUUAAUUACAUCAGCAACUUAAAGAAGACAUUAUAUUGCGAUUUGCACUGUUAAGUGUAUAUUCAAGGUUCAAUACAGUUUAGCUCAGUCAACAGCAUUUGUGGCAUAAUGUUGAUUACCAUAAAAAAAAUUUAAAAAAAGCAAAAAUCGAAGUUACAGUGAGGCACUUACAAUGGAAGUGAAUGGGGCAAAUUUUGUAAUGGUUUAAAGUCAGAAAUGUGAAGUGAAUAAUUUUAUAAAAGCACUUACAUUAAUUCUUCUGUUAAAACUUUUGUACUAUUUGAGCUGUGAAGUUGCUGAAAUCGUCGUUUUUAUGGUUGUUUUAGGGUUUACAGCAUUACGUCAUCACGGGUAUGGAGUUGUACGAUUGGAUAUAACUUACACUGAAAAAGUCAUGUUAAAACAAAUAUUGUUUAUGUCUCGUGGCUAUACUUGUCAAACAGUGAGUAUUUUAAUGUUUACGGAUUGGCCCCUUUCACUUCUAUUAAAAGUGCCUCACUUUUUUUUAAAGGAGGGACGAGUCAAAAUACAUUUUCAUGGUAAUCGUCAAUAUGCCACAAAUGCUGCCAAUUAAGCUUAACUUGGAAUAUUCCUUUUAAGUGGUGCAACCAUUUUUAACUAUGCUAAUAGUAAGAAAGACACACGGAAAGAUUUCUCAAUGAUUAUGUAACUGCUAAAAAUGAGGCUUUGUUGUCACAGGUAAAAAUGUAUUUAACAUUUUAAAAGGCUGUAUAAAAAAUAUUUUAAACUGAAAUACUUAUUUACAGUAUUACUGUUUUAACUGUAUUUUGAUCAGUUAAAUCCCACAUUGAUGAUCAGAUGCAUCGGCUUAUUUAAAACAAACAAACAAAUGAUUUGUGAUUCCAGAGAUUUACACGGUAGAGUAACUUCAAAGAAAACCAAAGGGAAAUCACUAAAAAUACUUCCAUGACAGAUCCACUUAACCUUAGAAGAAUGGACCACUAUUAAUCACAUAUGUAACAGCUCAUUAUUGUUUGUCACUAAGGCAUGCUCAUAGAAUAUUCUUUUGUGUACUCAGUAUUGUCAUGUUAACCUUUGUAAACCGAGACCUGCUGGGCAGGUGUCUCCGUUCUGUUUAUGUUAAAUGUUUCCAGUCGUCAGCUUUCAGAUUUGUUGUACUUUCAUUGUGAUUAGAGAGGUUUGGUUAUGGUUAUGGUUUUGUCUAUUAUGAGUCCAUUUUGGGAACUGAUACUAAAAACAAUCUCUUCAACUGUUUAACAGUUUAUGUUUUAGACAAUCAAGCAGAGGAAAAAAUGGACAGCGUAACUGUAGGUGGUGCCGUUAUUAGUUUGUUUGUCAAACCACUCCAUACCUGUAUAAAGGUUUUGUCCUUUUCGUGAAACCUGUCAACAACCUCAUGUAUCUACAGGGUUGUGAGGGUUACUUUUGAAAUGUAUUCCACUACAGAUUACAGAAUACAUGCUGUAAAAUGUCAUUUGUAACGUAUUCCGUUAGAUUACUCGAGGUCAGUAAUGUAUUCUAAAUACUUUGGAUUACUUCUUCAGCACUGGUAGAUUUUUUUCACUUGUUUUGACUAUAAAAACUCUGCCAGUACAGUAAGACAAAAUACACAUGUUAAAAAUACAUUCUCUGAAAAACCGAAAUAUCUUAUGCAGUGUUGUUUCUAAAACAAGAUCAAUCAAACUGAUCGUGUUUUAAGGAUUUUUAGAUAUUUUUACAGGAAAACAAUACAAAAAUUAUCAACAAUAUGAUUUUUGCCCUAAUAUCAAAGGUCUUCCUAGGAAAAAAAGAAAUUAUGAUCUAACGUGAAUUUUCUUAUUAAAAAAAUAUGAUCGUGCCUGGUAACGUGCAUGUAAAAUGGCUAGAAAUAGCAUUUUAUCUUAGCGUAAAGCUGACAAUUUACAUUUAUGCAUUUGGCAGACACUUUUAUCCAAUGCAAAUUACAGUGCACUUAUUACAGGGACAAUCCCCCUGGAGCAACCUGGAGUUAAGUGCUUUGCUCAAGGACACAAUGGUGGCGGCUGUGGGGGUCAACAGCAACCUUCUGAUUACCAGUUAAGUGCUUUAGCCCACUACACCACCACCACUCUGUUUCACCGCUGUUCAAAAGCACUUUGGAUCGCAUCAUAUAUAUGUAUAAAUGAAUUCCAUCAGAAAGGACUAAAUAUUAAAUGAAACAAAUGACAAUAAAAUGCAAAGUAAUCUCUUCAGUAAUCAAAGUACUUUUUGAAUGUAACUGUAUUCUGAUUACCAAUGAUUUAAACUAACUGUAGUGGAAUACAGUUACUUAUAUUUUGUAUUUUAAAUAUGUAAUCCUGUUACAUGUAUUCCGUUACUCCCCAACCCUGUGUGUCUAUUAUAUAACACUUUGCAUAACUGUAUCUUUUAUAAAAGUAAUAAACAAUUCACAAAGUUA